AUGCAGAACCUCGAGCAUGGGAAAGAGUUGGGGUUUUAUCCAGAGGGCAGUAAAGGGCCUGGGUGGCGGGUAGCCGCAUUUCACACACAUUCUGUUAUUCAGUCCUCACAGAAAUCUUGUGAGCGAGGCAGGCAGUAUUAUUCCCACUUUACAAUUUUAGGAAAUGGAAACAGAGAGACAGAGUUUAAUGAAGACCCAGAGUGGAGCAGCAAUUCAGACCUGGCACAACCAACCCAGUUGCCUUCCCCUAACGCCACCUACUCCCUGACUGCCCUGCCCAGCAGCGCUGAUUCAGACCCGUUGUUAGAAAUCUACUCCAGAAUCUUUACGUGUACCCACAAAGGGAAAGAAUCAACAUUUCGCGUCAGCCUCCCCAAGACGACAGCUGCUGAAGACGAGUUCCUGCCACCGCUGUGGCUCCCUGAGCUGUUUGAUUCCGGCAAACAGCUACUGGACGAAGUCAAAGGAGCAGCUGAACCCACCGGUUCCGGGAUAAUCCAGGAGAAGGUGUCCAAGGGCUUCGACCUCCAUGAGAAGGCUGCCAAAAUGUUAUCGCAGCUUGACUUGUUCAGCCGAAAUGAAGAUUUGGAGGAGAUUACUUCCACCGACCUGAAGUACCUGAUGGUGCCAGCGUUUCAAGGAACCCUCACCAUGAAACAAGUCAACCCCAGUAAGCGUCUAGAUCAUUUGCAGCAGGCUCGCAAACACUUUAUAAACUACUUAACUCAGUGCCAUUACUAUCAUGUGGCCGAGUUUGAGCUGCCCAAAACCAAGAACAACUCAGGUGAAAAUCACACUGCUAUUACCUCCAUGGCUUAUUCUAGCCCCGUUGCUAUGGCAUCUCAAAGACAGGCUAAAAUAGAGAGAUACAAGAAGAAGGAGUUGGAGCAUAGGUUGUCUACAAUGAAAUCUGAAGUGGAAAGUGGUCAAGCAGAUGAUGAGCGAGUUCAUGAAUAUUAUCUUCUUCACCUUCGGAGGUGGAUUGAUAUCAGCUUAGAAGAGAUUGAGAGCAUUGACCAGGAAAUAGAGAUCCUGGGAGAGAAAGACUCUUCAAGAGAGGCAUCUACUUCUAACUCAUCUCGCCAGGAGAGGCCUCCAGUGAAACCUUUCAUUCUCACUCGGCACAUGGCGCAAGCCAAAGAAUUUGGUACUGGUUAUCCAAGUCUGGCUUCUGUGACAGCGAGUGACUGGUAUGAUCAACAUUGGAAACAUGGAGCGUUACCAAAUCAGGGAAUAGCCAAGGCAACACCAGAAGAAUUCGGAAAAGCCACUCAGCAACGGAAAGAUCAAGAAAAGGAAAAAGAGGAUGAUAAACAAACACUCCAGGGAGGUCGGGAGUGGGAUGACUGGAAGGAUGCCCACCCUAGGGGCUAUGGCAACCGACAGAACAUGGGUUAAUUUUCCCACAACACAGCAGCACUGCAGGGUGCACACCUUCCCGGGCAAGGAAAACCAUGUAGCUUCCCCUCCCCCUGGGCUCCCCCUACAGCUGUGUACAACGAAGGCAAAGAUGCUUAAUGUUCAUGCUUGCUUUGAGUUCAAUAAAGCAUUAAAUUAUUAAGCAUGUAUUUGUACCCUAGAUGAUGUGAGCCAGUAAUCUAGUUUUGGCAUCAUCAUCCUCAUCCUGGUGUGUUCCAAUUUCUUUUCUUUUUUAUUUUAUUUUAAAAAGAGAUGGGGUCUCGUUCUUGUUCUCCAGCCCAGGCUGGAGUGCAGUGGCUAUUCACAGGUGCAAUCCCACUACUGAUCAGCACGGGAGUUUUGACCUGCUCCGUUUCAGACCUGGGCCGGUUCACCCCGCCUUAGGCAACCUGGUGGUCCCCCGUUCCCGGGAGGUCACCAUAUUGAUGCCGAACUUAGUGCGGACAUCCGAUCGGAAUAGCGCACUACAGCCCAGAACUCCUGGGCUCAAGCGAUCCUCUCACCUCAGCCUCCCGAGUAGCUGGGACUACAGGCAUGCGCCACCGCGCCGGGCCCAAUUUCUUAAGUGGAAAGAAAAGGGCACUGAGGGCCGGGCGCGGGGCUCCUGCCUGUAACUCCAGCACUUUGGGAGGCUGAGGUUGGCGGAUCACCUGAGGUCAGGAGUUCGAGACCAGCUGGCCAAGGUGGUGAAGCGCCAUCUAAUGGGGUUUUGUAUUUUGUACUAAAAAUACAAAACUACCGGGCGUGGUGGCAGGCGCCUGUAAUCCCAGCUACUCGGGAGGCUGAAGCAGGAGAACUGCUUGAACCCGGGAGGCGGAGGUUGCAGUGAGCCGAGAUCACGCCAUUCCACUCCAGCCUGGGCAACAAAAGUGAAACUCCGUCUCAAAAAAAAAAAAGCACUGAGAAAUGGCUCUGUAUGAUUAAUGGUUGUAUGAAUUCUCUGAAAAUAAUAAUAAUAAUAAAGCCCGUGCAGAAAAAAGAAAAAAAAAUCUUAUCACACAAGGCGAUUUUUUUUAAUCGGAGCAGUAGCUAGAGCGAAUGGAUCCGGAGGAGAAAGCAGUAAGGGCAGCCAGACGUAUGUGUGACGUCACUAUAAGAGGCGGGGAUAUGUAGAUAGGGGCGCAGUGAUUGCCGGUUCUAGUGCGUUCUUCUCACAGAGAAUUUUUCUAGCGAAUAUCAGACAAGGUGUAGUCUGAGAUGUGUUAUACAAAGGAGCGGUAGUUUCGAACAGAACGCCUAACUCAUAUAAUACAACUUGCCAUGACUAAGAUGUGUGUUAAAGAUGUUGAGGUAGUAGCAGUCACCAUUCGUGUUGCGGAAAGCACUGUUAUGAAAAUGGUUAUUUUGUGGUGUAGUUUGAGUGUAGAGCUCCUGGAAAUUUUUCCCAAAUAUAGCGGUCUGGUGUGUAAUUGUAAUUCUGGGCCGUGUUUUUGCAUUCCCCUUGUGGUAGAGGUUGAAGAGCACUAUAUGAGGUAGCGGUAUCAUUGUAAUGCUGUGUAUUUGUAGUUUUGGUAACUGGCCUAUGACUUUCUUUUUCUUUUUUAUGUUUUUUUUUCUUUUUUUUUGGUUUACGACUUUUCAAUGAUGUUUGCUUUAGGUUUAAUUAGGUAAAGACCCAAACACCAGUUACUCCCCUCAAUAUCUGGGUUUUAACCUGGCAAAACAGGGAAGAGGGUUUCCUCUUGAGUGAGGCUGCUGAGCUUCUGCUAGUGAUUCCUUCAGGAUUCCAUGUCCCCCCCACCCCCGCCCCCGAGACAC